AAAAAAUAACUAAAAAUGGACAAUUUCGCGCCAAUCUUGACCGCGCAUUCUGUUUUAACGAGCUGGCUCGGAGGUGCUCCAGCUGCUGUCAUGGUUCAUUUGCUAAACUGCAUCGUCGCUGUGUCCCAGAACAUGGGCAUCGGCAAGAAUGGGGACCUGCCCUGGCCGCCGCUCAGGAAUGAAUUCAGAUAUUUCCAGAGAAUGACCACAACCUCUUCAGUAGAAGGUAAACAGAAUCUGGUGAUUAUGGGUAAGAAGACUUGGUUCUCCAUUCCUGAGAAGAAUCGACCUUUAAAGGGUAGAAUUAAUUUAGUACUCAGCAGAGAACUCAAGGAACCUCCACAAGGAGCUCAUUUUCUUGCCAGAAGUCUGGAUGAUGCCUUAAAACUUAAACAACCAGAAUUAGCAAAUAAAGUAGACAUGAUUUGGAUAGUUGGUGGCAGUUCUGUUUAUAAGGAAGCCAUGAAUCACCCAGGCCAUCUUAAACUAUUUGUGACAAGGAUCAUGCAAGACUUUGAAAGUGACACCUUUCUUCCAGAAAUUGAUUUGGAGAAAUAUAAACUUCUACCAGAAUACCCAGGUGUUCUCUCUGAUGUCCAAGAGGAGAAAGGCAUUAAGUACAAAUUUGAAGUAUAUGAGAAGAAUGAUUAAUAUGAAGGUGUUUUCUGGUUUAAGUUGUUCCCCCUCCCUCUAAAAAAAGUAUGUAUUUUUACAUUAGA